UUGAGAUGGGCCGGGGUUGGGCGGAGUUUGCAAUUAGUGAGACCCCUCGUUUUCAUCGACCAUAGUCAAUUCCCACCUCCUUCAUAUCCUUCUCCACUGCAUUGCGCUUUCUUUGUUCUCUCCUCACACUCUUUCUCUCUUCAGCUCUCCCUUGGUUCCCAAACAAUCGCUCUCGGUUGCAUUCCGCGAGCUAUCAUGGACGCCACAAUGCCUUUGUGCAAAUCUGUUACUUCAACUCCUGGCUUGUUUAUGUGGAGAACCCAAGGAAUUAGGAGUUCCCAAUGUAGUUUUAUGGUAGGGAAUAAAGUGAACUUCCCUAGCCAAACAGCUCAGGGGGUCAGGGUUAGCGUUAAGUCUAAGAAGGCAGGGGGAGCUCUCCAUGCUACCUGCCGGGUGGAAAAGAUUCUUGUGGCAAAUAGAGGAGAAAUAGCCGUUCGAAUUAUUAGAACUGCUCAUGAGAUGGGAAUUCCUUGUGUGGCUGUUUACUCAACCAUAGACAAGGAGGCACUUCAUGUGCAAUUGGCUGAUGAAUCAGUUUGCAUCGGUGAAGCACCAAGCAAUCAGUCGUAUCUAGUUAUUCCAAAUGUUCUAUCUGCUGCCAUCAGUCGUGGAUGUACAAUGUUGCAUCCUGGUUAUGGUUUCCUUGCCGAGAAUGCAUUGUUUGUUGAGAUGUGCAGAGAACAUGGAAUCAACUUCAUUGGACCAAAUCCUGAUAGUAUCCGUGUUAUGGGUGACAAAUCAACAGCAAGAGAGACAAUGAAGAAAGCAGGUGUUCCAACUGUACCAGGAAGUGAUGGAUUGCUUCAGAACACGGAGGAAGCAAUUAGGCUAGCCCAUGAGAUUGGUUUUCCUGUGAUGAUCAAGGCAACAGCAGGUGGUGGAGGCCGUGGCAUGCGUCUUGCUAAAGAACCUGAUGAGUUUGUUAAGUUGUUACAGCAAGCUAAGAGUGAGGCUGCAGCUGCUUUUGGAAAUGAUGGAGUAUAUUUGGAAAAGUACAUCCAAAAUCCAAGGCAUAUUGAAUUUCAGGUUCUUGCAGAUAAAUAUGGUAACGUUGUUCACUUUGGAGAACGUGAUUGCAGUAUCCAGAGGCGGAAUCAAAAGCUUCUGGAAGAAGCGCCCUCUCCUGCAUUGACCCCAGAGUUGAGGAAAGCCAUGGGUGAUGCAGCAGUUGCUGCUGCGGCAUCUAUUGGCUAUAUUGGUGUGGGAACGGUUGAGUUUCUUUUGGAUGAAAGAGGUUCCUUCUAUUUCAUGGAAAUGAACACUCGGAUUCAGGUUGAGCAUCCAGUAACAGAAAUGAUCUCUUCUGUUGACUUGAUUGAGGAACAAAUUCGCGUAGCUAUGGGUGAAAAACUCCAAUACAAACAGGAAGAAAUUGUGCUCAGAGGACAUUCAAUUGAGUGCCGUAUCAAUGCUGAAGAUGCUUUCAAAGGAUUCCGACCUGGCCCAGGAAGAAUAACAGCAUACCUGCCAUCUGGAGGGCCAUUUGUUAGAAUGGAUAGCCAUGUUUAUCCUGAUUAUGUGGUUCCUCCGAGCUAUGACUCCCUUCUUGGGAAGCUUAUUGUAUGGGCACCAACAAGAGAAAAAGCAAUUGAACGCAUGAAGAGGGCUCUUGAUGACACCAUUAUUACAGGGGUUCCAACUACCAUAGAAUACCACAAACUUAUCCUCGACAUAGAGGAUUUCAAAAAUGGGAAGGUUGAUACAGCUUUUAUUCCAAAACAUGAGCAAGAGCUACAAGAGCCCCAGAAGAUGGUGCGGGCAUUUCCUGUGUAAGAACUUACAAAUUCGGAUGCAUAGAUAGCUCUGAGAUUGUACUACAUAACUCAGGUCCCCUAUAAGGACAUCCCUGAUUGUGGAAACUGGCAACCGGCACAAAAUUUAGUUAGCUCCAUUAAAUGCUUCUUCUUGUUCCUUGUAAUUUAUUUUGUCAUCAUUUGAAAAAGAAUAAAGUACUUUUGUUAAACUCAGUUUUUAAGUUUUAACAAUUUUGAUAUGGUAUGGGUGUGGAUUCCUCCUCUUGGGAUGGAUUUGUUUUAUUAUAACUUAUAAGUAAUACCUCUUUCGAGUC